AUGUGUGCAUAGGAGUACUACUUAGUCCUACAUAAGUUUCGUUACUCGUUAAUAACUCCAUUUAACGAUUUAUCGCCGAUUUUACGUGACGGUGGGUGUCGCCGGGCGAUGACGUCACGACGUAUUCCACUGACAGCGGUUACGCCUGAUCAUUAAAAUCUGCCCUUAAAAAGAGCGCAGAUAAAUGUUGUUUAUUUUUGUCUGUUUGAGACCCAUAAAAACAGCCGUGCGGUCCACCCGCUUGAAUAUUAGAAGAGGAGAGAGCUCAGGGGCAGAUCGGCGUGGCAUCUGCCCGGUCCAGGCAGUGUUUUUCCCCAGUCUACAUACGACGGGUCUUGGUCCAUCUCUCCCCCGCUCUUCCUGCAGCCGAACCGGUGGAUACUUGCACCCAGAGCUGCGAUUUGACCCUGAUCCCCGCGGACGGUAUCGAUCGGGCAACCGGCGGAUGUUGAACCCAAAUCUCAUAAUGGAACCAAUGUUUAGCAUGUAAAUCCAACAUCCUUGAAGUUUCGGAUCAGUCUUUCUGUUUUCACACUUACAAGCACAAUGUCAAGUAGAAGGAAGUCCACGACCCCCUGCAUGGUGCUUCCAUCAGAUGUCGUAGAGCAGGAUCCAGAUAUGGAGGCCCUGGAAGGAAAUGAUGGAGCUGAGAGUAUGGCAGACGCUCCUACAGAGGGAGCAGUAGUUCCCAUGGAAACAGAGACAGAAUACGAAGGAUGCCAUUUCUCCGACGAGGACUGUCGCUCUUCAGGAAAACGCUCAGGUCAAACGUCACUGGAGCAGCCUGUCUCUGAUCUGACCGCUGAGGGUGGUUUUGUGCAGACAGAGAUGGAAGACAGCGAUGAUACCUCAGUUACUGGCAUCUCUCUCAGCAAGACUCCCAUAAUGAAACUGAAAAGCAAGUCUGAACCCAAGAGAAUAGCCAUGUCUCUUAAAGGCACUAGUGAAAGUGAAACACUGCCUGAAAGUGAGAUGGAACUUGAGCCGUUGGAAGAGUCCGUGAUAGGCUCCUCCAUGGUAGCAGAGAUGGUGAGCCCAUUGCUCACAGAGUCCGCUAAACCCAGUGUUCUUGUCAAUAUUUCAAAUCCUGUGGUAGCUGAACAGAAGAAAGUGAUUAUGAACCCUGCCAUGGUCCUUCCCGCUGGCCUUGCCCAGGUACUUUCCGCCUUGCAGGCCCAGCAGACCGCCCAGGCCCAACUCCUCAUACCCGUUAGCAGUAUUCCCACCUACAAUGCUGCCAUGGACAGCAACGUGCUCCUCAUCAACACCUACAAGAAGUUCCCGUACCCCUCACUAUCUGAGAUCAUGGGACUGGCUGCCCAGACCAAGUUCACAGAGGAGCAGAUAAAGAUCUGGUUUUCUGCCCAGCGUUUGAAGCACGGCGUCAGCUGGACUCCAGAGGAGGUCGAGGAAGCCCGGAGGAAGCAGUUCAACGGCACGGUUCACACGAUGCCCCAGACUAUCACGGUCAUCCCAGCCCAUCAUCUGUCUACCACCAACGGCCUGCAGUCUAUUCUUCAGACCUGCCAGAUCGUGGGCCAACCAGGUUUGGUUUUCACGCAGGUUGGCACAGCAAACAGCCUCCCGGUCACCACGCCAAUAACCUUGACUGUAGCAGGGAUGCCCAAUCAGAGCCAGACACCCAAGAUUGCUACCAACCAGGCCAGUCCCGCCCUCAGUGAAACAAAGCGAGCGACCACCAUUCAGCCCCCGUCACUGACCCCUCAAGAGAACUCCGCUCUCAGUGCUGACCACUUUGGCCUGCGCCCUAAAAAAUCGAAGGAACAGCUGGCGGAAUUGAAAGUGAGCUAUUUGAAGAAUCAAUUUGCAUCCGAUGCUGAGAUAGCUAGGCUAAUGAAGCUAACUAACCUCACCAAAGGAGAGAUUAAAAAGUGGUUCAGCGACACCAGAUACAACCAGCGCAACUCUAAGAACAACCAUGCCUUCCUUUCAAGUGAUCAUCCCAGGAGCAAUAGCAGUGCCACCAUCGUCAUCGAUUCCAGCGACGAAACGCCACAAUCCCCGACGCCGUCGCCCGUCAAGGAGAAGGAAACGCGGGCUAAGACCUGGAACACGUUCCCAGAUUUCACUCUGCAGAAGUUUAAAGAAAAGACACCAGAACAGUUGGUGGUCUUAGAGGAAAGCUUUCAGAAAUGUGACACACCGAGUGAUGAAGAGCUAAGCAGACUACGAGCUGAGACCAAGCUUACCAGACGAGAGAUUGACGCUUGGUUCACAGAAAAGAGAAAGACCCCAGCGGCCGAUUCCUCGGAGGGAAAACCAGAUGGUGAAACGGCCCAGAAAAAAGGCAGCCAGACUCCACCAGGAGGGAAAAGACUGUGCAAAGAGAAGGUUAGUAAGAAAACCCCAGAGCAGCUUCAUGUUCUAAAAACCGCUUUCGUUCGCACCCAAUGGCCCUCCGCUGAAGAAUACGACCAGCUGGCCGAGGAGAGCGGGCUGCCUCGCUCCUAUAUAGUCAACUGGUUUGGCGACACGCGCUACGCCUGGAAGAACGGCAACUUGAAGUGGUAUUUCUACUAUCAGAGCGGAAACGUGAAUGGCAACAAGAAUAGAAAACGGAGGAUUCGAAAUCGUGGCUGGGGGAGGUCCCGUAGUAGAAAACAGAAGAAGCACACGGAAACUGAGAAGUUGUUACCGAUAAGGUUCAAGUCGGGAAGAGAUAUUCUGAAGGAAUAUUACUUAAAGCACAAAUUCUUGAACGAACAGGACUUGGAUGAGCUUGUUGCAAAGUCUAACAUGAGCUACGAGCAGGUGAGAGAGUGGUUUGCAGAGAUUCUUCGGAAGGAGGAAAUGGGUACCAACCCGUUUGAAGAUAAAAUAGGAAAUGAAGAGGACGAGUCACAGGGUGAGAAUGACACGGCUGUUGAGGAGCAAGGACCUUCUGCCAUGGGAGAUGAAGAUGGCGAUGAUGAUGAUGACGACACGGAUGACAGUGAUUCCUGGGAGCCGCCACAAAGUGUUCGGAAAGCGUUGUCGGUAUCUGAGGAUCAGUAAUCUUGAUUUGGAGCGAUGGUCCUUUCGAAUGGACCCUGACUGUGCAUCUUUCAUGAACACAUGCCCUCUUCCACUGCAUUCGUUCUGCCUAGAUUUGACGUAGUUUAUGGUUUGAAGUGGUUUGAAGCUUGUUUUCAUGUGGAGAACCGGCUUUGGUUAAAUUGUGCAUCAGCCCUCGAAUCGUCUUGAAACCAAUUGAACUUUUCUUUACCAGAAUUGAUCUGCACCUUUAACCGUGCACGUGCAAAGACAUCCUAUUCAAAGCCUUCAUGUUGGAUUAGAUAUGAUUUUUGGGGGGAUUUUUGUUCUUUGGAGUCAUUUGGAGAACCCAGAGUGCCAAAGGAAUCAAAUUGAAUGUUAUGGCUCUCUGCAAAAUAGACUGAAUGUGGAAUUGGGGAAUAUAUAUGCUUGAAUAUAUUCAUAUUCAAUAUAUCAUUUAUUCAUUCUCACGUCAUUGUGGAACACAAAAUAAUAUAUUUUGAGAAAUGUCUCAGUGGUUUUGUGUUUAUACAGUGGAAGUCGAUGCAAAAAACCUUUUGCGUUCUGCAGAAGAAAGAAAGUGAAUGUGACAUGAGAGUGAAUUAAUGGCUGAACUAUCGACACAUAAGGCACUUUGUCAACCGCCAUCAAGUUUGGCGUGUAAAAACCAGCCACCUCAUUCGUGUUGCAUUUAGAGGGGUGAGAUAAAAAAUCAUCCCAUCAAAUUUCCAAAUGCAAUGACACGGAAGUGUUUUUAAAUCUCAUUCCCAAUGGUUUUAUUCUGCAGUGCUUUUAAUCAACACUUACUCUUAACACAUGAGAAUGGAUCUAAGAUACAGCACAGCACAUCUAACAGAAGGUUAUGUAGUCCAUCCUGACUGCCAUUAUGUGGGUCAUCAUAAAAAAAAACUAGAACUAAUAAUCAUGUGGGGAAGUUUAUUUUAGGGGACUGUCAUGCUUGUAAUAAACAUGACUAUUUUACAACUUAACAUGUUUUUCAAGUGGACUGUUUUAAAGUAUUUUUUUAAUAUUCAGUGGGAACAUGGACAAUUCCUGUCCUGUUCUUUUUUUUUAUUUUGCUGUUUGAGAGAGAUGUUUGUCCCUCAGAUUUCUUCAACAAACAUUGUGCUGUCAAAGAUGGUCGUAAGCUUGGACGAAACAAAGACUUUGAUAUGCUUGACAUUUUAAAGAAUUGUGUUAAUAAAACGUUGUAUUCUUUUAAUUCUUGGGUGUUACACGGUCUGGCUUUGCUGCAUAAUUUGUUUCUUCUGAAAAGUUAUUUUUUAUUAUUGAAAAUGUGUGGAACUGAAUGAAAUGAAUAAUUGAUGAAUAAUUACCAUGUGAGUAUAAUUAGAUUUUUUAUAUUUGCGCAUGAACACACAGCACUAUUUCUGGUACUUUAAAAUUGCACCCCUUCGUUUGACAUUUAAUACCUUUAUUUUAUUUGCAUGUGUCAGACAUUGAGACGAAUGAUGGAGAAAGUGUUCCGCUUGUACAUAUACCUUUAUAUUCUACCAGUAGUUGAAAGCGUUUUUUUAAGUUUGUAUUUAUAGUAAUGAUAAACUUCACCCUUACGGGAGUUGCUUGUAUUGCGAUUAUUCUGGAAUUAUUGUGUGAUAUGAGACCGGUAUUUCAUAGAUUUUCCAGAGCUUGUUUUCAUGUCCCAGAUUUCUUAUUUUUCUUUUAUUUGACUUGCUUGCAACCCUCUGAACUUAUUCCCUGUGAAUACUGUAGUGUGUUAUAGGCCAGAGGUUAAAGCAGCCUCUGUAAACAUGGUAAGUACUGUUUCAAGCAAAUUAGCACAGAAUGUGUCCUGUUUACUGUUAUUGACGGAUUCUUUCAUAUUUUCAAGAGUUUGAACAUCUUCUGGGAUCUUGCUUGAGCGUGUUUAGUGCCGAAUCAAACUACAAUUGUACAUUGUGCUUCCUUCUGCUGUCUCUAAUAACAUUAAACUGCAGUGUGUUUUUAAAUGAUUUAUCAUGUUAGUCUGGCUGUUACUAGGCUCUGUAAAACUGAUUUUACACGCACAGAUCAUAAUGCCGAUCUGGAACCGUCAUGAAUUUGAAACUCUUGACGAGCCUUAAAGUGGUGGCCAAAGCUUUAUUUUCCAGAGCCAUAGAUCUUGUGCAAUGCUUUUUAUUUAAUUGAACUGUUUUAAUAGGCUUUUGCUUGAUUUAGACUAAAUAUAUAUAUAUUUUCUACUUGUUUGAUGACGACACAAUAAAUUUGGAUGA